AUGCGAAGCACGAUCUGCAAAGUGCUUGGAGCUGCUGCGUGGCGCAGGUCCCAACUCCUGUUGGGCAGUGUUCAACCAGAUUUGAUCCUGUACACCACAGCCAUCAAUGCCUGUGAACAGCACAUGCAGUGGCCUUCCGCGGUGACUUUGCUGCAGGCUUGCCGCGACACGCUGGGAAUCGAGGACAUUACGGCCACGAGCGUGGUAGCGACUGCACUGGGAAUGGAUGGACAAUGGCAACAUGCCAUGCAUUUGUUCCAGGGUUCCGGCGCUUCACUUGGCGAUCUCACCGCGCAGAACAUUCAGCUCAGCGCGUGUGAGAAGGGCAAAGAAUGGCGAACAGCAAUGUCUGCCUUCCACAGUUUCCGCCUUCGCCGCCUCACCGUGACGGACCGGAUUUCGUCGAACGCUUUGCUGAGCGCCUGUGGUGUGCGCGAGAAGUGGCGGCAGGCUUUGAACAUCUUCCAGUCUGUCAUGUCCAGCGUCCAGCGCAGCAUUGUCAGCUAUUCGGCCCUGCUGAAUGCGUUUGAAACGGCCUCAACGUGGAAGAAAAGUCAAGACGUCUUUGUGAGUUUGCACCAAAACCACAUGAAGAUGAACCUCAUUUGCUGCAACAUUGCAAUGAGCGCCUGUGAAAGAGGAGACCAGUGGAAAGCAGCGCUGCUGCACCUGGACUCUUUGGACAAAGCGCAGCUGGAGGGGAACGUCAUCACCGAAGGGUCGGUCCUAGCCUCAGGUUUUGAGCACCGAAAUGGGAUGGCCUUUAGCCAUGCAAUGUUUCGAAACCAUGCAGCUGAGGCGUUGGAAAUGGGGGGCAUGGUGCUACUCGAAUUUCUCCUGCGAGUUUUGAAGCAGUGCUCGGAGCCUGCAACGGCCAGCACCAGGAUCACCUCCACCAACUCCGCCCUGCGACGCCGCUUCCGCUUCCGCCAUGGCAGCCUUCGAUGCCUGCGCCUGCGUGGCAAAGCUCCUGGUCAAGGCGGCGCGCGGCCAGCGCUAUCAACCCUUCGAUCUCGUCCAGAUGUGGUGGAGCAGAACUCUAUCAUCAGCGCUCAAGGACGAUGGAGUCGCUGGGAAGAUGCUCUGCAGAGCUUCACUCAGCGUCGCGAUGCCACAGUGGUCACUUACAACGCGCUGCAGAGCGCCGCACGACGAGGUAAUCAGUGGACGCGGGCACUGCAGAUCUUGGACCAGGCCUUGGCGUCGGUCAAAGUCGACCUGCUCACGUGGACGUCCAUCAUCGACUUGAAAGAACAGCGAUGGCAUGCAGCUCUGGCAUCUUUGGCGGAGAUCCGUCGCUCAGACUUACGUCUCGACAGCAUCUCACAGUCUGCUGCACUGACUGCAAUGGGGAGCCGCUGGAAGAAGACUUGGGCGCUCUAUGAUGAGAUGAGCAUCAAGCACUUGGAGCAGGAUCUUUUGUGUCACCUACCGUUGCUGCAGCGCUGGCCCCAAGCCCUGGAGCUGCAGAUCUUGCGAAAGGAAGCAGUUGAUGAGCAUUCCAAAACGGUGUUACUUGGUGCAACCAUCUCUUCUUGUGCGCAAGGCCACCGUUGGAUCGUCUCACUGCAGCUCCUGCGGUCGGAGCGCCUGGAGCGCCUCUCGGUGGUCGCGGCCAAUGCGGCCAUCAAGGCCUGUGAAAAAGGGGACGCCUGGACCUGGGGCUUGCAGCUGCUCCAGGAUUUCAACGUGUGGCACUUGGUGCCCGAUGCCAUCAGCUUCAAUUCGGCCUCAACGUCAGGUGCCUGGCGAAAAAGCUGCGAGCUGCAGCAGCAGAUGCUGCAGCAGGGCCUGCGGAGCAACCAGUUCACGGAGAGCACGUUGCUCCACACCCUUUCGACCAAAGCGUGGCGGCUGGCUGUGAACAGAUUCGUCGAGACGUCAAAAAGGAGCAUUCGACGGAACAUGGUGAUCUAUGCGUCCAGCCUAAAGGAAUCCACAGCUUGGAUCCUGGCGUUACAAUCACUUCAACAACUGGGACAGUGGAUGCCAGGACCUCUGACGACGGUGACGCUGACAGCGACGACCGUUACGGCCGCGCCGUGGCCACGAGCCGUUGAGCUCCUGCGCUGGGCAUCAGGCUCGAAGUUGGAACCAGACAAGGCUGCCUGGCAUUCUGUCAGCAGCUGGCAGCAGUGUUUGCAGUUGCCACGCAAGCUCUCGCAAGAUUCCUUGAUGGUCACGGAAGAAACGUACUCUCUGGCCAUCAGCGCAUGUGAAGACCGACAUUGGAGGACUGCCCUGAUCUUCUUUCGCGACGCCGUUUCAGAAAACACGGUGGAUCUGGACAUGACACCUGGCUCUCCAAGAUCGAGGCCAAGGUGUUUUUUGUUGACUAAGGAAGCUACACAUAUGCUGGUUGGUGGUGACUGGAACAUUUGGAUUAUUUUUCCAUAUAUUGGGAAUGUCAUCCUCCCAACUGACGAACUCCAUUAUUUUCAGAGGGGUUGGUUGAAACCACCAACCAGAUAUGCUGGGAAAAGCUUCCAACCAACAUCAAUAGACUCAAGAAAAACUCGAAAAUGA